AUGGCACCGCCCCCGCCACUUCCGCUACGAACCCAGAAGUCCCUCCCUGACGCCGGAAGUCCCGCGGCCUUGCUUCCUCAGGGGCUUUCCCCACCCCACCGCAGAGACUUGCUUCCGGCCCCGGGUGGGCGCCGGCUGGGUUCCCGGUGCGCUCCGCAGCGGUGUCGUGGAGGCACCGUACUCCCAGACGCCGGCGCCGGAAGCUCAUUCCGCCGCCGUGCUUGGAUAGCGCCGGUCGGGGCGCGAGGGCCGUGGGGGGCCAUGAACGGGACCGUCAACCCGCUGCUGGACCGCGAGGAACACUGCCUGCGGCUGGGGGAGAGCUUCGAGAAGCGACCGCGAGCCUCCUUCCACACCAUUCGCUAUGAUUUUAAGCCAGCAUCUAUAGAUACUUCCUGUGAAGGAGAGCUUCAGGUUGGCAAAGGAGAUGAAGUCACAAUUACGCUGCCACAUAUACCUGGAUCCACACCACCAAUGACUGUGUUCAAGGGGAACAAACGGCCUUAUCAGAAAGACUGUGUGCUUAUUAUUAAUCAUGACACUGGUGAAUAUGUGCUGGAAAAACUCAGCAGCAGCAUUCAGGUCAAGAAAACAAGGGCUGAGGGGAGCAGUAAAAUCCAAGCCCGAAUGGAACAGCAGCCCACUCGUCCCCCGCAGCCAUCACAGCCUCCACCGCCGCCGCCGCCACCACCUAUGCCAUUCAGAGCUCCAACAAAGCCUCCAGUUGGACCCAAAACUUCCCCCUUGAAAGAUAACCCUUCACCUGAACCGCAGCUGGAUGACAUCAAAAGAGAGCUGAGGGCUGAAGUUGACAUUAUUGAACAGAUGAGCAGCAGCAGUGGGAGCAGCUCCUCAGACUCUGAGAGCUCCUCAGGAAGCGAUGACGACAGCUCCAGCAGCGGAGGCGAAGACCAUGGCCCCGCAUCGCCACAGCCUUCACACCAGCAGCCCUACAACAGCAGGCCGGCCAUCGCCAAUGGAACCAGCCGGUCACAAGGAAGCAACCAGCUCAUGAACACCCUCAGAAAUGACUUGCAGUUGAGCGAGUCAGGCAGUGACAGUGAUGACUAGAGCUGGAUCUUUCGAAAUCAACUUUUUGGUGCACAAAUAUGCUGCAAGACCGGGCUACCCUGCAUGAAGCCCAUUGCCAAGAGGAAAGUGUUGUGGGUCAGUGACUGUAGUAGGACCUCUCAGAUAUUCAAGUCUUUAACUUAAUGGUGAUGGGUGAUUUUCUCGUGUAAUUUUUGAACAAUCUCAUGUUUCAAAGUUUAAGUAGUUCUAUAGAAGAACUGACUGAAUCACAUUUCUAUUUGGUUAACACUGUUAAUGAAAAACAGACACAUGUGCCCUGGUCUAGGUUACUCAAAGGCCCUAUCUUCACCAAGCCAGUGAUUCAGUUUUAAACAUCAGCAGUCACCAGUUUGGCCAAGUGCUCUGCGCCAGUAAAAUGAAACAGCCUCUGAGGGGUAGGAAAGGGAGGGAAACCUCAAACUGCAGCACAGAAGUAUGUUAAAACCACUUUAAAUUGUGGGCACAAAGUAGUAAGGAAGUUUUGUCUGAACCAGCCUGACAAGCCUGUGUGGAAGCGGACUUCAAGAUGGAGUCCUCGAACGUCAGCUGGACGGGACCCUGGCCUCUGGCAGUUCAAACCCCUCACUUACAAAUAAGGAAAGUGAAGCACACAGCUGGUGCAUGGCCAGUCUCCUGCCUCCAGUCCAGGCUUUUCCCACUCCUCCCUCCCUUGAAUCUCACUUACUGGAACCAGAGAUUCUUACACAUGGGACUUACAGAUGUACAUUGGAGCUUUUUACUGGAUUCCAAAAGAUAAAAAUGUUGGGCAUGUCUAGCUCCAGUUCAAAACCAGACAGUCCCUAAACACAUGAGGCUGGGGGAGCAGGUUAAUGGGCAGCCACUGUGCUGGCACGUGACUCAGAUAGGGGCUCUCAGUUCCAUGUGGAUCUACGCUCAGUU